AUGGUCCUCCAGGGGUUUACCUGUAGCAGUGCUGUCAUGCUCCCAGGAAUAAUCACAAGAUUAAAGAAAAAGUCCCAGUCGGUGGAUAUUAGUGGGCCAGGAUGCAACCCAGUGGCAGCUGAAGCUCAAACACCUCAGCCCAGUAAAUCUUUGCUUGCCACUAAGACAGCUACUUCUGAGGAGGAACAGAACAACACAGCAAACACCCAAAGACGCAAUCCACGGAGGAGUGAGUUGAAGAGAUAUUACACCAUUGACACUGGCCAGAAGAAGACCCCAGACAAGAAAGAUGGGCGACGAAUGUCUUUUCAAAAGCCUAAAGGGACUAUUGAAUAUUCUGUGGAAUCAAGAGAUACUUUAAACAGUAUUGCUUUGAAAUUUGAUACAACACCCAAUGAACUGGUUCAAUUAAAUAAGCUUUUCUCCAGAGCAGUCGUUCCCGGACAGAUUUUGUAUGUUCCUGACCCAGACUACAUUUCUAGUGUGGACAGCUCCCCCUCUUUAAGUCCCAUAAGUCCCCUAUCGCCUACAUCUUCCGAAGCAGAGCUUGACAAGGCUACAGUAAAUGAUCCAGAUGGAGUCCAACGGAAAGAGUCAUCUGCUUCACCAGCACAUGCAUGUGUUCGUCCUGCAAGAGUGGUAUCAUCCACCUCUGAAGAGGAGGAAGCAUUUACAGAGAAAUUUCUAAAAAUUAAUUGCAAGUACAUCACUAAUGGCAAGGGUACAGUCAAUGGUGUGCUGCUAGUGACGCCAAAUAAUAUAAUGUUUGAUCCUCAUAAAAUGGAUCCUCUGGUCCAAGAGAACGGCUGUGAAGAGUAUGGCAUCAUGUGUCCAAUGGAAGAAGUGAUGUCAGCUGCUCUGUAUAAGGAAAUUGUGGACAGCAAAAUUAAGGAUUCAUUAACCAUAGAUGCAGAACAGCUGUCUGUAAGGGAACUUUGCCAUUCCAAGAAAGCUGCAAAGAGCAAUACAGAUGAAAUGGAUUCCAGGAUUCGGGAUACAGGCAAUGACAGUGCUAGUACUGCCCCAAGGAGCACAGAGGAGUCUCUUUCAGAAGAUGUUUUCACAGAAUCAGAACUCUCUCCAAUACGUGAGGAACUUGUUUCCUCAGAUGAGCUUCGACAAGACAAAUCUUCUGGAGCGUCAUCAGAAUCUGUCCAAACAAUAAACCAGACUAGUGUUGAAUGUUUAACAGUCAUUUCAGACUCAAAUGAAGCUGCCAGUGACUUAAAACCCAGUGCUGAAACGGUUGUAAAUGAUAAACAGUUUGGUACCCACAGCUUAGGUUCAGAAAGUGCUGGAACGACUGUAAAGGAGGGAGAAGAACCUAAUGAAAAUAUUGCAGAUGUCCUCCAGCAGUCUUUGCAAGGAUCACAUGGUGAUGAAGUGUGUAACAAAGAGGCAGAAGUGGGCAAUAAUCAAGAUUACUCACUAGGAAAAGAACCAGAAGGAGAGGGAAAGAUGGGAGAGGAAUGUUGUGAAGAUACCACAGACUCUCAAAAGGAGGAGACAACUAGCAAAGGAAAAAUAGGGAGAGAGCAAACUCAAGACUCGGAGACAGAAGUUGAGGAACUCCGCAAACUCUGGAAGACCCACACUAUGCAACAAACCAAACAACAAAGAGAAAACAUGCAACAGGAUUCACGAAAAGAAAUGAGUCAGAAAGCUGUGGCUGCAGGAGAUGGGCAGUUAGAAGGUCCUUCUCUUACGAAAGAAAAAAGACGACAUCGAUCUCACAAGUUUCUGCGUCUCAGGGUUGGAAAACCCAUGAGAAAAACAUUUGUUUCACAAGCAAGUGCAUCAAUGCAACAGUAUGCACAGAGGGAUAAAAAACACGAGUACUGGUUUGCUGUUCCACAAGAAAGGACAGAUCACUUGUAUGUCUUCUUUAUCCAGUGGAGUCCAGAGAUAUAUGCAGAAGAUACUGGGGAAUCUCUUCGGGAACCUGGAUUUAUAGUGGUAAAAAAGAAGGAAGAGCCUGAAACUAGUGAAGAAUCUACUACUGAAAAUGCUGCUAAAGAGUGGGAGGUAGUGUCAGUGGCUGAGUAUCACCGCAGGAUCGAUGCUCUAAAUAGCGAAGAACUGCGCACACUCUGCAGACGUCUCCAGAUAACAACAAGAGAAGAUAUCAGUUCAAAACAGGCAACAAGUAUCAAAACAGACCUGGAGCCUGAAGCAUUUCGACCAAAUCUUAGCGAUCCCAGUGAAUUACUACAGCCAGAACAAAUUGAAAAGCUCACAAAGUCUCUUCCACCGCGGACCAUUGGAUAUCCAUGGACUCUUGUCUACAGUACUGCAAAGCAUGGCAUGAGCUUGAAGACUUUGUAUCGAACUAUGCUGGGAUUAGACACACCUGUGCUGUUGGUUAUCAAGGACAGUGAUGGACAGGUUUUUGGUGCACUAGCAUCUGAACCAUUUAAAGUGAGUGAUGGCUUUUAUGGCACUGGGGAGACCUUUAUGUUCACUUUUUCUCCAGAUUUUGAGGUUUUCAAAUGGACAGGAGACAACAUGUUCUUCAUUAAAGGAGACAUGGACUCCCUUGCUUUUGGUGGAGGAGGAGGGGAGUUUGCUCUUUGGCUCGAUGGUGAUCUCUACCAUGGAAGAAGUCAUUCAUGUAAAACAUUUGGGAAUCAUACACUUUCUAAGCGAGAAGACUUCAUUAUUCAAGACAUUGAAAUUUGGGCUUUUGAAUGAGUUUGGGACAAAUGCUGACAAUAUUGAGCUACGUGGCAAGGACUUAGCGCAUAGCAAGGGAAUAGAAGAACCAUAGUUCCACAAAACUAAAAGGCUAAAGCAAGCAAAACUUGGUGAACAAUUUGUAGCUAUAGUAGGGCAUUAAAAGUACAGAAGCAGAUGCAUCUUUUUUCAACAUAAAGUGUCAGAUCUAUACUGUUAUACUGUUGUAGCCGUGUAGCACAUCAACUCCAAGAAUAUAGCUUAUUCCUGUCCAAAGAAAAAAAUAGUUGUGAUGUUUUUGAGUGGGUCUAUGUUGUAAAUUUACAGUUAGCACCAGCUCUGAUUAAAAUGAGAUAAUGUACUAUAGGUAGACAAUAUUGUAAUUCAGUACACUCGUGGAAUAUGCAAACUUACUGUCAUGUGACCUCAAAAAAAAAAAAAAAAUGACAGGCUAAAAAACAGUUCCAGUAGCUCUUGUCCACUUUUGUAGGAAAAUUGAUAAGCCAUUGUGGCAAUAACAGCUCAACAAAACUGUUUGUUUCGAAGCUUUUAUUCUGUGUUCUGCGAAAACAAAACAACAACAAAAAAAAAAAAAAAAAAAAAAUUGCUGCUAAGUGUGACAGUGACUGACUUUGUGCUGAUAUUUCAGCUAUUUCAGAUGAACAUUGUAUAUUAUCUUGUAAAUUAAUGUUUAAAGUAGUUUUGUUAUUAUAGAGAAAUGUUGAUUGACGGGUUGCUUAUAGCACUUUAAAUUAUUCUAGAAAUGGAAUAAAAGCCAAAUGAGUUGGCUUAAGUAGAUGUAGUUGUAUAUUAUUUCAAAAUAUUUACAUCUCUGGACAGUUUUAAAAACUUGUUUGAAGACAGCUUACUGCUAUGGUAAUGAGAAAGGGCAGAGGUUUCAUCUAUAAUAUGCUAAUACUCAAUAGGAAUAGAAAUACAGGGCUUUGUUUCCUGUGUCUGUGUAUAGCUCUUUAUCCUUAUUAGAACUUAGUACAAUGUGUAGACUAAAUGUUUACAGAAUAAGGAACUGUAAAUAAAUUGAAAUGGCUUUUCUCCCCUUUGGUCUUCCACAGCAGUAUUAUUGUCUUUGUGGAGUUAAGACUGAUUAUUACAACAACAAAAAAAUCCUGUAAUGGAUUUUAAGUACUAUAAGGUCACAGUGAUGUAUAGCAAAUAAAUCUAAAUAUAUGUAAAAAUAAA